AUGCAAACGCAAAACAUUCAGUCGAAUUUGAUAUUGCGGCGAAGUAUGGAAGCAUUGAAGCUGCAAUUGGUUGGCAGAAACUUUUUUGACGCAGUUGCAAAAGUCGAUAUUCCUCAACGUCAGUUGCAACUCUGCCCUGGCUAUCUCACUUCUAUUAGACAAUACUACAAGGACAAGUAUUACUUGUCGAUUCGUGAUGUCAAUCAAUUGAAAUGGAAUCUGCAGGGUGAUCUGCUAUGCAAGGAACUAGAUAAAUUAUCUCCGAACACAACACCACACAAACAUUAUGUUGGCUUUCGUUAUGCUGUAAACAGAGGAGACGCUUAUCCAUCGGAAGUUGGUGCUUCCGUUCAGUUAGUAAUGAAUGAAUUGAAACAUUGCAAUCCAUAUAGCUUGGCGUGGCAAUCGAAAGUCGGUCCAUUACCAUGGCCAUUUACCGAUGCCCUGAAGGGCUAUGUGAAACAAGGUCAGAAAAAUUUUAUACUCGUACCGAUAGCGUUCGUGAACGAGCACAUUGAAACGUUGCAUGAACUUGACAUUGAAUACUGUGAUGAAUUAGCCAAAGAGAUUAAAUAG